AUGAGGAUUUUCCUGGUUUGGACCCUUUUCCCAGGCAGCUGGGUGGUGAUGGGCCUUGCGCAGAUGACGGCUGAGCAGGGUGGCUCGCUGACAGUGUCCUGCAGCUACAAACUGGGCUACAAGCUCUACUCCAAGCACUGGUGCCGGCGGGCCUGCCUCUCAUUUUGCUUCACCUACAUUGCCCAAACCAACGGCUCGGAGGUGACGGUGACGCAGGGCAGGGUGUCCAUCAGGGACAACUACUUGGGAUGCUCAUUCAUGAUGACACUGGGCAGUGUCAAGCCGGAGGAUGCCGGCUGGUACUUCUGCAGGGUGAUGAAGAGCCGGGAGUUCAGCCCGCAGCACAUCACCGAAGUGAUGGUCUCCACAGCUGUUUCAACCACAACUGAGGGCAGCGACGUGAGCCCAUUGACCACCAGCCGCCUGUACCCCACGGGCUGUGAGGACCCUCCAGUGCUGUGA